GGUCUCAGGGAGGUAAUCGCGCACCAACGCGGAUCCAAGCCGACCGACCGACCGACCGAGAGAGAGGAGGGAAGAAGAAUCAAGAAGAAGGAGCAGAAAUCAGAGCGCAUGUAGCCAGCGGUAACCUAACCGCAUCCUUUUGGCUACAUUCGUUGUCGCCCUCCUCUCCUCUUUCGCCGCUCGAUUGCCCCCCAUCCCUCCUUUCCUCAGAUCUUAGGGCAAUUCUCCGAUCCGAUCCAUUUCUGGAUUCUCUAACCUCUUCGAUCCGCUAGAGCUCGAUCUCCUUUCAUCUGGACCUUGAAUCUAAUCGCUGUUCGAGUUCUCGGAAUUCUUGGAACUGGAACUGUCCGCAUUGGUUCGCACCGAUCGUCGUCUUUCAAGAGAUCCCCGGUUUCUGAGGAUAUCUUCAAGUGGUGGGCAAAACUUUUGCUUCAUGCUAAUUCACAAAUCUUUUUGAUGGAAUAAUGUAAUACCGACGAUGAUGGAUCAAGCACCAAGCUGUGGACGACUUAAUAAUUCUUUGUGAUGAAGAGAAAGUGACCCACCUGUAUGGGCAUUCGGUGUUGAGGAGAUGUCACUGAAAUUGCGUCAGGGGUUCUCCUUAUUUGGAAGCGUUGGUUGGUUUGAUGACAGGAAGGGUGAUUGGGCUGUCAAGAACAAAUUUACUCCUUCCUUCAAACUCCAAACAGAUAAAGAGAUAUACAGGCCUGGUGACUCAGUUACUGCAACCAUAGAAAUUUGUAGUCCGAAAAUUUCAAAGGGGUCUACUGGGGCAGAGCAUUCAAGUGAUGGUAUCCCUUCGCUAUUGGUCGAUAACCUUACAUUUGAAAUUAAAGGUAUUGAGAAAUUGGACACUCAGUGGUUUGCCACACAGAAGCCAUUACCUGGAUCAAAGCAAAGGAGAGGUGAGCAAUUGUUCCUGGACUCUUUGGUACCAUCGAUGGUAUCAAAAGUGAUUGUUUCUUCUGGGGUUAUCAAAACAUAUUUAGUUCGAGUUGAGCUGCCAAAGAUUUUACCACCAUCUUAUAGGGGUACCAGCAUUCGCUAUAUAUAUUAUAUCAGAAGUACUUUGCAUGGACGCUGGCUUGUAUUGGAGAAUGGUGAUCAUAAUAGGUCCACAAAUCAUUUAAUUCAAUUGGAAGCUCGAGCUCCUUUGCAAAUAUGGGUCUCACAAAAGAGCAACAAAUUGCUGAAUGAAGGAAGUUUACCGGUUGCAGCUGAUCAAUUGGAUAUUUACUGGAGAGAAAAAGAUGCAGAUUCUGAAUGGGUUCGAGCAAACGAGAAUUUAGAUGGAUUCGAAGAAGGAUAUGACAGUUCAAGAGAUGAAGUGUCAUCUGUUUCUUCCUACGACCCAACCAAAGGAAAUGCUGACCUAACCCUUAGAAGCUCUCUAUCCUUGCAGUCAAUUGCAUCAAGGUUUUCUAACAACGAACUCCAGUAUUCUCAUGGAGGAGGCUCGGGUUUCCCUUCAUAUAAUCUGCUUCCUCAACUGUCCAUAGCAGAGGUCUUAGAUGAUCCUGGUGGAGGAUUUGUGUCACCACAAAAGAAGCUGGAUAAUUCAUCAUCUCCCUCUCCAAGUCAGCAAAGAAACUCUCUAGAUUCGUAUUUCUCGAAGGAUGAUAUUGGAUCACCUCAUGCAUCUAAAGCUGUUGAAUCUUCAGCAUCAGAAGGCUUCAUUCGAGGAAGAUCUUACAAUAUCAGGAUAGAUGACCAAGUUUUGCUUCGGUUCUCCCCAAGGAACUCUGACUCAACUUAUUAUUUUGGAGAUAUGAUAGGUGGCACACUUACCUUUUUUCAUGGAGAAGGGGCUAGAAGAUGCCUUGAGGUCUCAGUAACCUUGGAGACUUCAGAAACAAUUGACCAGCAUUUUGUCCAUCCUUCAAGAAGGACCUCUCCUACAAUCAGAAAGAUACAGAGCGAGCAUCAUGAGGUAGUUGCGGAUUUGGUGCAGACAAGCUUUCUUUUAUCAAUUCCUAUUGAUGGGCCCAUGUCCUUCUCCACCCCAAAAAUUUCAGUGCAGUGGUCACUACGCUUUGAAUUUUUCACCACUCCGAAGGAUAUGGACUUGACUAGGUACGAACAUCCUCUUCUUAUUGAGCACAGAGAAAAAGGGGAGUGGGUACUUCCUUUAUCUGUAUGUGUGCCUCCUCUACGGGCACAGGCUGUGCAAACCAGAAAUGAGAAGCCCUUGUCUCUUGGAAAUUUUUUUCGCACUUGAAGGCUAUUAUAAUUCUUUAUGAAAAUUAAUGUGGGGGACCACAUCUGUGAUAUUCGAGAAACUACUGGUGAAGUACAUUCUCUUCCUCAUCCUUCUAAUAGAUAUCUUUUAAGUGGCGGCAGUCUUCCAGGCAGUGGAAUAUUCUUCUUCAACUGGGUUUUUCCUGGGAAACACUAUGGUUGCAUCAGAAAUGUCCACCUAGCAUUUGCAGUAUAUGAUUUAGAAUAAGAUCUAGAAGAAUGUGCACCAAAGCGUGAAUUUUGUAUCAUUUUGUGACUAUGCAAUGAAUAUUUAUAUAAUUCAAAGAAGAAAUGGAAUAUAUUGCUCUACAUUAUUUGAAUGAAAAAAAAAAAGAAGAAAAAUAGAGAGAAAUUGUGUUUAGAUAAGAAUA